UGGUUGAACUGGUAGAAUAGGACUGAGAUCGUUAGGAUUUUCUGCAAUGGAUUUUUCUUAUACCUUACUACAUGUGACAAAAAUGCAUUUGUAUGUGGCUAGGAAUAUAUAUUUAAAAUCUAAACGUACUUCAUAAUGUAACUUUAUAAUUAGAGGUUAAAGUUACUCUUCUCCUCUUGUGAUAUUGUGCGGCUUCUUCGGUCUUGUAAUCUUAAAGCAUAACAUACAACAAGUCUAAAUUGAAACAAGCAGGCAUUGCCAAAAUAUUGUGCAACUUCAAAUAAGAAAGAACGUUGUUAAGCCCCCAGUAAUCUAUUUAUUCAAAAUUUUACAAGAAAUGAUAUAAUUUUUAAACCUAAGCGUAAUUGUUGCUUACAGGAGAGACUAAUUUGGAAAAUUUACUGCUGCAAGCUCUAUAUUACACAUUUGCAGCCAUUCUUACCAUGUUUUUAUUCAGUGGAAAUAUGCAGGGGAUUCCAUUCAAAGUGGUCCGGAUAAUAUACGUGGCAGACGACCCUCUCACAACAAGGGCUCAACAUCUGAAAGUAGAUCUUCCAAACUCUUAUUCAAUGGGGUUGGAUGGUCAAGACAUCAAUCACAGGGUAAAAAGGUCGCCAAAAACCUCCUCCCAAGUAAAAAUAAGUUCGAGUAUAAGCAGAAUCCUGUUGAAAGGCAUGUGGCUAUUUCAAGUUCAGGAAUGCAAGAACCUUGGUAUUGGUUCCCUAGUCCUGCAGCUAGCUGGAAUGGGCUAGAUUUUUCUUGUCGUGCUGGUGGUUCAAAGGAUGAACUUCCAUGGAAAAUUAGAGCAUCAAUCGUACAAUCUGUUCGUGCACAUCAUGGUGCUCUGAGAUCUUUUGUUGUUUGUCAAGAUGAGUGUACGAUAUUCACGACGGGUGUGGGACCAGGAUUCAAAGGAAAUAUUCAGAAGUGGGACUUGUCAAGAAUCGAUUGUGUAUCAAGCUAUAAUGGGCAUGACGAGGUUGUAAAUGACAUUUUUGUUAUGGCAUCCACCGGAAGAGUAGCUUCUUGUGAUGGAACAGUACAUAUAUGGAACGGACAAACUGGAAAACAGAUUUCUGUAUUUUCUGAGAGUUCUUCAACCUCCACACGGUUUGUGGAAAGGGAUGAAGACAACAUGCUUCAUUUUAAUCCAUUAACAAGUGGAAUGCUUAGUACUCUAUUUCAUGGGAAUUUGUACAGUGCCAUGGACUACCUGGAAUUCAUCGAUAGACUUGUCGUGGGUACUGGAAAUGGAACUCUCAGGUAAUUAAGCAUUUAUGAGACUUAAUACUUUUUAUGCUUAUAUGUGUCUUAGUUACUUGUAUGGCCUCUAGAUUCAUUGAUGUCAAUCAAGGUCAGAAACUUCAUAUGUGGAAGAGUGAAUCUGCUGAUUCUUGUUUCCCUUCCCUUAUAUCAUCCAUAUGCUCGUCUAGCUCUGUCAAAGUGCAUGCUGAGGAAACUAUUUCCUCUCCGUCCUGGAUUGCAGCUGCA